GGAAGAUGGCGGCGGCCGCGGAGCUGAAGCUGCUGGAGAAGUCUCUGGGACUGAGGCCGGGGAAUAAGUACAGCGCUCAGGGCGAGCGACAGAUUCCAGUUCUACAAACAAACAAUGGUCCAAGUCUAACGGGAUUGGCUACCAUUGCCACCCAUCUAGUCAAACAAGCCAGUAAAGAGCACCUGCUGGGGAGCACUGCAGAAGAAAAGGCCUUGGUUCAGCAGUGGUUAGAGUACAGGAUCACCCAAGUGGACGGACACUCCAGUAAAGAAGACACCCACACCCUGCUGAAGGAUCUUAAUUCUUAUCUUGAAGAUAAAGUCUACCUUGCAGGAUAUAACAUCACCUUGGCAGAUAUCCUACUGUACUACGGGCUCCAUCGCUUUAUAGUUGACCUGACAGUGCAAGAAAAGGAGAAAUAUCUUAAUGUGUCUCGCUGGUUUUGCCACAUUCAGCAUUACCCAGACAUCAGGCAACAUCUGUCUAGUGUUGUCUUCAUCAAGAACAGACUGUAUGCUAACUCCCACUAGAAGAUCCUUCUUGGCAGCAGCAAGAUUAGAAGUGUAAAAUGUAUUUUGGACCAUGGUUCUAAUGUAAAUUAAUGUGAUGUCAUUGUUUCUUUGUUAAUGUUGGUAGAAUUUUUGAAAUGUAAACUCAAGUCUGAAUGUUUUAUUUGUCCCUUAUUUUAAUGUUUGCAGUUUUUUAAUGUAAAAAUUCAACUGUUAUUCAAGCAAAUCACGAUUAGAUUAUAAAUUAUCUCAUAUUUAUAGGUGAAAUUUAUUUUAAUAAAAUUUGCUUAUCAGUGGCAGAAACUUAAAAAAAAAA